CUUCCAACAUAACUGUUAACUCUCAGAAUUGAUUAACGCAUAGGAAUUGUAGGAGAAAGGGGACGAUUGGUCGACCUUGGAAUUUCCAAAAGCGAAGCAGGAUUCUGUGUUCUCUCCUCGUGUUCGUAUCCUCGCGGGGCGAUUCCAGCGAAGCCAUUCCCCCGUCGGAAACUCCUUUCUCCCUCCCGCGCCAUCUUCUAAGUCCCCUCCCUGACCUAACCAUUUCCCACCUACUCCCCACUCCAGUCUUCCUCUUCACUACUUCUCCGUCAUUCGACGAAUCCCCCCAUUUCUUCAUGGUGUUGCUCUCCUAUUGGCUUUUCCACCAGACUAUCGAUUCCCAAUUCCCGGCGCAAUGUACGGCGGCCAGGAUCUAAUUUUGCCAGCACUGAUCAAGCUCCACUCUCCCCACCACCAACAACAACACUCUGAUUACUCUUCUUCUAUCCUCGUCGGCGGCAUCUUCCUCGAACACGAAACAGUUCUCCCUUCGUUCUUCUCCUUGAAACCUAAUCAGCCCGACUCCUCUCGCUGCUCGGGCCUCUCCAGGAAUUUGAGGCUUGAGGUCGAUGGCGGCCUGCCCCGGCGCCGGCAGCGGCGGCGAAGGGAUGCACUGGCGUUUCUUUCUGUAAGUUUGUCGAUGAAACGGGGCGACGAAGAGUUUGUUGCGGAACGGCCGGGAAGCUUGGCUCAGAAUGGGGAAGACAAGAAUUUGGAGGCGGAAAUGAAGCUUGGCACAUUUCUCGCUGCUGAGGCGAAGAAGGGGAAUGAUGAUGAGAAGAAGAAGAAGAAGAAGAAGGUUGGUGUGCGGAAUUCCGGAUCAGCGGCUUUCAAUACCACUAAGCAUCUCUGGGCUGGCGCCGUGGCAGCUAUGGUUUCCAGAACCAUUAUAGCACCUCUGGAGAGAAUGAAGCUGGAGUACAUACUUUGUGGCGAGACGACGAAUAUAGUUGCACUCACCAGGAAAAUUUUCUUAACUCAAGGGGUCAAAGGUUUCUGGAAAGGCAACUUGGUCAAUAUUCUUCGAACUGCUCCCUUUAAGGCUAUCAACUUUUAUGCAUACGAUACGUACAGAAAGACACUACUGAAAUGGACUGCGAAUGAGGAAACCACAAACUUUGAGAGGUUUGUUGCAGGUGCUGCCGCUGGUGUUACUGCUUCUCUGCUCUGCUUGCCUUUGGACACUAUAAGGACCAAGAUGGUAGCACCUGGUGGUGAAGCAUUGGGUGGUGUAAUUGGGACAUUUCGUUACAUGAUCCAGACUGAAGGCUUCUUCUCACUUUACAAGGGUUUAGUACCCUCAUUAGCAAGCAUGGCUCCUGCGGGUGCAGUAUUUUAUGGUGUCUACGAUAUACUGAAGACAGGAUAUCUUCAUUCGCCCGAGGGGAAGGCGAGAAUUCAACACAUGAACCAAGAAGGGCAGGAGCUGAAUGCCUUUGACCAGCUGGAGUUGGGUCCCUACAGGACACUGCUCUAUGGUGCGAUUGCAGGGUGUUGCUCCGAGGCUGCUACUUACCCAUUUGAAGUUGUGAGGAGACAGCUUCAAAUGCAAGUCCGUGCCACAAAGAUGAAUGCAGUGGCAACUUGUUUGAAGAUAGUUGAACAUGGAGGCAUUCCUGCUCUAUAUGCUGGAUUAAUACCAAGCUUGUUACAGGUUUUACCUUCUGCUGCAAUAAGUUAUUUUGUGUACGAAUUCAUGAAGAUAGUACUGAAAGUGGAUUCGUCGUAGGCAAGCUUUUGCUGCAACAGCAACACUAGAAGUUCUAUACAAGAAUAUGGCUGUAACCGUGCCACCAAUCCCCCAGCUCUUCUUUACUGUUUCUUUGUUUGUGGUUCUAAGAAGCCUUCAUUGUGCCUCUGGAAAUCAUCGUUGUUUUACAAAUUACUUUGUCUUUGGUUUUGAGGAGUAGAGAGUAGCAGCAGUUUGAGGUCGUUUUUCACUUUCAACUCAUUCCAUCCCAACUGAGGCAGCUUUCACUUCACAGGAUCCUAACGAUAGUUCUUCUUCAACUUUGAUCAAAUCUCCGAGAAUUAGAUGAGAAAUGACUUGCAAAAACUCUUGUAAGCAUCCUUGGCGAAAUUCGGAAAUUGGCUUGGUUUAUGAAGCACUUGUAGGAUCACUUUUGACUUUUGAUAAUGUUGCCCCACCAAUCGUGCUAAGAUUAGG